AGAAUCAAAAGGAUAAUUUUUGGCCAACUUACCUUUAAGAGAAAAAAUAUCACCAAUCUUUAUAAUUAAAGAGAAUGAGAUGUUCAAAAAUAUCGUUCUAAUAAACAAGGCAAUACCAAAGACAAACAUCAACAUCGAUAAUCAACAAUAAUCAGCAAUCAAGAAAAAUCAAAGCAUUGUAAUCAUUUCAUCCGAUUCAUAUCACAUUUUAUCAUCAUUCAAUCACUAGAGGUUCAUAAUUUCGUAGUUGGAUGUAGGAGACCUGUUGAACAAUCAAGAUACAGUCAAGUUGUAAAAAAGGAGAUGUAGACUUUUCUUUUUCUCUGAUUUCUUUCUCUUUAAGGGAAACCAAGAAAUUCAAGCAAAAGAUCCAUAGAGAUAGAGAGAUAAAAAUCAUUAAUUUCAAUAGAUGAUUAUCUUAAUUUUGUGUAGGUUCAGUUGACUAUAUGCAUCUAUCGAGUUAUCAAUAUGACGUCCUGUGAUCCUGCCGUUUGGAACAAUAUCUAAUCACCUUUUCCACCAAAGGGAUUCUCCAAUGAUUCUACUAAAACAAUCAGAUUUUUCGUAAUAUCUGUUGAAACAGCCAGCUAAUUGUCAUCAAUUGUUUUUGAUGUCAUAGAUGAAGGAGGUUUUUCUGAAUCAUCUGAACACAAAAAGCUGAAUAUACACAUUAAUUAGGAAUGAAAACAAAUUGAAAACACGAAAACAAACCGACAAGGACGCUUGACUAUACAGAAAAUUCCUUUUAUCUGAUUUAAAUUAUCAUUUCGUUUUCAUUGAUGUUGAUUGUUAUUGUAGCUGAGGAAAGAAACUCAAAUUGUAAAGCAACAGAGAGAUGAAGAUGUUGAUAUUGAUUGACUAAGAGAGGAAGGGAGGGUGAAUUUUAAAGUGGGUGAUACCCAAUCACCCCGCCUCAAUCAUUUCCAUUAUAACAAUUAUCGUCCAAGUGUUUCGUGAAUCAGAUUAUAUCGAAGUUGCCUUUUAUUAACAUAAAUAUUCUUAGUGUUUGAAUGAGAAUCAAUAUAUUUCCUUACUGUGUCCAUCUUUCAAUUUAUCAAAGUAUUACGAUAACCUAGUUGUGAUAAUUAAAGUUUGACUCCGAUUUAUUAAUUUAACUUUCAAUUCGUGUUGCUUUUCAAUUUAACUAAAUUUACAUAAACCGUAAUUGGGUCGGUGGACUGACAAAUCUCGGGAAAAUGACAUUUUUCAAGACAUUCGCAUUGCUUACUCGUCAAUCAGCAAAUUUUGGAAAACAAUUAAUCUCAAGCCAAUUAAUCUCAAGCCGUAAUUUAUCAUCAAAAUCAAUUCAUGUAUCUAAUUAUGAUUAUGAUACACUUCAAGUUUCGUCACCAUGUGAACAUGUACUGCAUGUCGAGUUGAAUCGUUGUGAUGCUAAGAAUGCCCUCAAUAAGGAAAUGUUUCGUGAAUUGUACGAAUUGUUUUGCCGUAUUAACGAUGAUCAACACUGUCGUGCUGUUGUAUUGAGUGGAACUGGUAAACAGUUCUCGGUUGGCCUGGACUAUAACGACAUGAUUGAAAUGGUUUCUCAAAUAAGGGGUACCAGCUCUAGGACUGCAGGGAUGUCUGAUGUUGCUCGUAAAGCUAAAUAUAUCAGAUCAAUGAUUCUAUUGUUUCAAGAUUCAUUUACUGUUUUGGAGCAAUGUUCAAAGCCAAUUAUAGCAGCAAUCCAUGGACCCUGUGUUGGUUCAGCUCUUGGUUUGGUAUCUGCAGCUGAUAUCCGUUAUGCAUCGGAAGAUGCCUAUUUUCAUGUGAAAGAGAUAGACACAGGAAGAGCACCAGACAUGGGAGGCUUGCAAAGAAUACCCAGGAUAUCAGGAAACGAUAGCUAUAUUCGUGAGAUGAUUUACACGGCAAGAAAAGUUCCAGCCUCAGAAGCCAAAGAGAUGGGCAUGGUUAGUAAACUAUUUGCUGAUGGUGAGCAAACCAAAAAAGCAGCCAUCGAAACAGCCACACUAAUAUCCACUAAAAGCCCAGUUGCAGUUCAAGGUAGCAAAAUUUGCAUGAGAUACUCACGAGAACACAAUACUCAAGAUGGAUUAACUUUAAUGGCGAACUGGAACAUGGCAAUGUUACAAUCAGAAGAUGUUUCCAAUGCAGCCAAAGGAUGGAGGAAAGAUUCAACUGAGGUUCCUACCUUUUCCGAUCUGUAAAUCAAAAGCAACUCUCUCAACAGUUUAAAUACCUGCACAAGUGUAUCAAAAAGCUAGAGUUAUUGUAUAAAAAAAGGUAGUGUUUAAUUAACUUUACCUCCAUCAUUGCAAAAUGAACAAAAAAGUGGAAAAAAUUUAAAAAUUUGAGCCAUGAUUAAUGAUGGCUCUACAAAAUUAAUCGCAAAAAAAUAUAAUUUAUAUAUUUGUGACUCUGUGCCUAAUGUUGUAUAGAUAACUAUAUCAUUAUACCCGUCAAUCAUGAUUUUUGUUUCCUUCAUUCAUCUCUCGAUGAUAUUUCUCUAGACUCCCCAAGUGUAAUUCAAAUGCAAUUAAAAUUUAAUUCAUUGUUAUCAUCAUGAUUCUCGAAAAUAAAAGGCAAAUCCAUAAAUCUUGUUCUUUUUUUUCAGGGAUAAAUGAUUGACAAAUUAAUGGAUUACACUUGAAAUUCACUAACCAUUAAACAUUAUUGAUUCUUUGUGUAAAAAAUGUUAUCAAUAAUGCUUUACCAAAUUAAACUUACAAAAUUAGAUCAACCAUUUGUUUGAUUGGGAAAGUCCAAGUAAAACAUUCAUGCAAGCUUGAUAAAUUUCAUUAAAAUAGACAACAAUUUGUGUGAA